AUAAAAGUUCGCGGAGCGGUACGAGGAUAUGCAGUCGCUGCUAACUCGUUUAAGGGAACGUGCUACCGAAAUCGUUCAAACGGAUACAGGUCCGCGAACUGGAGUUACACUGCAAUAUCCUUUUGUGUACAAAUUAUUAAAGAAAUUAUAUAUCGUGUACAUAGCGCGCAAUGAUGUCUUGGGUCCGCGUGUAUGUUGCGCUACUUUCGCUCCUCGUUUUCCUCGAUUUCGGAGGAUGCGACGACUCGCAACAGCCGAAGACAACUUACGUGAGUCCUCUCGAGAGAUUUGUUCUCGGGAUCAAAAACAAGCUCGGCCCAGAAUCGAUCUCUAAUAUUCCAAUUUUGGGGAAUAUAUACAAAAAUCAAAACGGCAGGAGCAACAGUAGCAUCGCCAGUGUCUUUAAUCCGUACAAAGUCCAGAUUAAAGCAAUAUUUCCAGGAACGUAUUGGUGCGGCGACGGCGAUAUAUCUCCGAAUGGCAAAGAUGUUGGUUUCUUUGAGGGCACGGACACCUGUUGCAAGAAUCAUGACGGCUGUCGGGACUCCAUUGACGCGGGCGACACGAAGUACGGCCUUAAAAAUAAUGGAGCUUUCACGAGAUCGCACUGCGAUUGCGACCAGCAAUUAUUCGACUGCUUGAAGAACGCGAAAUCGAUCAUAGCUACGGACAUCGGCACCACUUAUUUCAAUGUCUUACGUCCUCAAUGCUUCAAACAGGACUAUCCUACCAUCGGUUGUAAAAAGUAUUCAAGAGGUCAAAUCGUCAGCAAAAAAUGCGUGGAAUAUGAAUUGGACACCGAUAAACCAAAGGAAGUGCAGUGGUUCGAUAAUCCAAACUUUAUCAGUAUUUAACAACUUAAACGGUCGGUUCCGAGCAGUAAUUUAUUGCGAUCGUUACGUUUAUGUAGAUGUAACGUUCGAACGUUAUUCAAAGCAACAGUGUACGCGUGAAAAGGAUUAGCCGAUCCGGGGAAGGUUAUAAAAUAUGUAAAAUAAAAUAUCUAACUACAA